AUGUUUGUAGAGGGAAAGAAGACUCCGUCGGAAUGUGACUGUGUGAUUGGGAGGACACAUGGGCUCCCAUGCAGUUGUCGAAUCAACUCCUUUAAAGGAGCGGGAGACCAUUUUCAGAUAACACACUUGGCACCAUUAUGGUCUACUUUGGACUAUGCAAACCCUCAUGAUGCAAGACGGUUCGAAGACAAUGACGCCAAUGAUCUUCAGAUUUUUCAUGAUCUAGUGGCUGAGGUGUGUAGACGUGGUCCAUUUGGACAAACCUUUUUACCUAUGAUAGCCAAGCCAGGGGUAGCUCGCCCUAGCAAUGAGUUGGUGUUGUGUAACACCGGCAACCAUUGGGUGCGCCUUGACUUUGAGGAGGAUUCAAUACAAAUGCCUCCAUUCACCUUCCUAUGGACCCAUUUCCGUGACAAAAUGAGUACUCAAGGGUGGGAGCAGUUGUUCAAGGACGAGCGAGAUCUUUACUUCGCACUUGGGGGUCAUCAUGACUAG